CAGAAUCUCUCGUGGCCAGAGCUCGGUGUGUGCUUGGAGAGGGCGAAGAUGUCAGGAGCACCAAAAAGCCCAGCGACCUAUUUGGGCCUGGCACUGCUGAUCCUGCUGGGCGUUGAGCCUGGGCGAGGAGACGACAUCCUGUCGCAGGUGGCCUUCGUCCAGCGGACGCUGGAGUCCCCCAAGGGCCCGGCCGAGUUCAUGUUCGAGUUCAACGACGACGAGAUCUUCCACGUGGACCUGGACGCCAAGGAGACCAUCUGGCGGCUGCCCGACUUCAAGGAGUUCACCAGCUUCCAGGCCGAGGGCGCCCAGGGCAACAUCGCCGUGCUGCGCUCCAACCUGGACAUCCUCAUGCGGCGCUCCAACAACACGCCUGCGGAGAGCGUUCCUCCGAAGGUGACCGUGUACCCCGAGAAGCCGGCGGAGGUGGGGGAGCCCAACAUCCUGAUCUGCCUGGUGAGCGGCUUCUCCCCGCCAGAGGUGGGCGUCACCUGGCUGAGGAACGGGCAGGUGGUGACAGACCGGGUGGAGGAGACCGACUUCUACCCCAACAAGGACAACUCCUUCCGCAUGUUCUCCUACAUGACCUUCAUCCCGGGCAGGGGCGACGUGUACGUGUGCCGGGUCACCCACUCGGGCCUGGAGCAGCCCUUGGACAGGGAGUGGAAUCCCAACAUGCCGGAGCCCCUCCCGGAGACGACGGAGAACGUGGUGUGCGGCCUGGGCCUGGCGGUGGGCAUCGUGGGCAUCAUCGCGGGCACCGUCCUCCUCGUCAAGAGCCGGCAGCUGAACGGAAACCGCUUCCGCCAGGGGCCCUUGUAAAGGAGGCACGCGGCUCCCAGGAGAUCCCGUCCGGCUUCCGACGCACUUCCGGACCCCUUUGCCCUGUGCUGCUGCUCCUCCAGCAUUGCUUUGCUGCUGCUCCCCUGCUUGGACACUUUGGGGGGGCUCUUUGCUGGCACACCCUGAUUCCCCCCCCCCCGCAGCAGGACCUCACCCCCAACCCUGUGCACACCUGGCAAAGGGCCUUCGGGGAUCGGGCAGCUCCUCCAAUUCCAGACAGGGAGGGAGGGAGGGAAGGGGGGUGCGGGAGUCUGCCCCCAAGACACCCCCCAGGGAAGCGGGUGAGCCCCUUUGGAUCCCCCCGGCGGGCUUGCCCCAUGACGCUGCCCAUCCCUGCCCGCCUGCUUCCCAUCUCCUGGACCUAAGCGCGCCAGAGGAUCGUUCUGGCUUCCCUGGCGGGCCCUUCACUGCACCGCUCGGCAACGCGAGUAGACCCUCCUGCCACCAGCAGAUGGCCUCCCGAGGCAUCCUCUGGGGAAGCUACGCGGGACGCGUCCUUCUCCGGCACUUGAUCGCUCCAGGCCGCUCCAAAAACGGUGGCAGAAGAACGCAGAAGGGCUGCAGGUGGGAGACGUGCCACCGGGACGGCCACAACUUCGUGGGAGUGAGGCAGGGCGAUGCCCCCGCCCCCCCCCCCCCGAGGCGGCUUGGCAUGCGCUGGGGAGGGGGCGCCAGCCGUGGCUUUGCAGCAUAACCCUCUUUCCCAGGGGGCCUCAGCACUGCGCCCCCUCCUCUCACUUCCCUCUGUACUGACAUCUUUCUGAAGCCUGAAUAAACGAUAUGGCGUGCGUC